AUGAAUAAACUAUUAAUUGCAAGUUUAACUAUCCUUUUAAUUACUUCUUUUGCAAGUGCUUAAAAAGGAAUCUUGGGAUUUACUCCAUUAUACUCAGGAUAUUCCUAAGAUUAGUAUUUAUGCAUGAGAAACUCUUAAAACGGAUUCAAAUACUAAAACCUAGUUGAAAAAUAGAUCUGGGGUUAUGAUCGUUACCACAAAAUAGGGUAAAAUUAUGCUGAUAAUGUUGGUUUGUCCACUAAUUCUAUUUAUGUUCCCUGCAUCAAUAUCAACACAACUGACUACCCCUAUUUUGGUUAAGAAAACUAACUCCUCACAUUCCUUAAAUACUUCCAACAAAACCACGAUGUUUUAAAAGGAGAUUUUUUGUGGAUUUCUAUAGAGUAAAAUUAAUCUAAAAAUUGCUAGUGGCAUAAUGACUUUAAUGUUAAUUGUUCAGUUCUUGAUGAAAUAAUGACUUAAGUUAGACGCUCAGCUGUUGGAGUUGAUAGAUUUGGUAUAAUGGCAAGCAAGUAAGAUUGGGAAGCCCUUUUUGGAAAUAAAUGCAACAAGUACAGUAGUUUCCCUCUCCACUAUAAAAACUAUGACAAUAAACCUAAUUUCAGUGAUUGGAAUGAAUAAAAGUUUGGUGGCUGGACUAAACCUUCAAUGAAAACUUACUCCAAGGGAAAAUUCGAAUGCUACAUAGAUGCUGAUUUGACUGUGUAUUGA